CAUCUACUGUUACCGAAUUUCUCCCUUCCAAAUUUCUCCCUUCCAAGUUAGCGCUUUUGCUCUCUCUUCUCCUCUCUUAAACAUGAGCUACGGCGGCGGCUACAGCGGUGGAUAUGGCGGCGGUUUCCAUGGUGGAGGUGGCUGGGGGGACGACAAGAUGGGCGGUGUUGGCAGCGGCCUACGAGCUAUUGACUGGAACCAGUACAAGCUGGAACGAUUCGAGAAAAACUUCUACGUUGAGGAUAAGCGCGUUUCAGCACGCAGCGACCGUGAGAUCGAAGAUUUCAGGAGAAUCAAGGAAAUGAAGGUGCAAGGUCGAGACGUGCCGCGGCCAGUGUCUUCCUUUGACGAGGUUGGAUUCCCGGAGUAUCUUAUGUCUACUAUCCGUGCCCAAGGCUUUGCUGCUCCGACUCCAAUCCAGUGCCAGGCUUGGCCGAUGGCUCUUAGUGGCCACGACGUUGUCGCUAUCUCCCAAACCGGAAGUGGAAAGACGAUUGCCUUCGCUCUCCCCGCUAUGUUGCACAUCAACGCUCAACCGCUUCUCGCGCCUGGAGACGGUCCAAUCGCUCUGAUCCUUGCGCCGACUCGUGAGCUUGCAGUUCAAAUUCAGCAGGAAUGCACCAAGUUUGGCUCGAACUCUCGUAUUCGUAAUACUGCCAUCUACGGCGGUGCUCCCAAGGGUCCUCAGAUUCGUGACCUGCAGCGUGGUGUUGAGAUUGUCAUCGCAACCCCAGGUCGUCUCAUUGAUAUGCUCGAGUCGGGCAAGACGAACCUCCGUCGCAUCACCUACCUCGUCAUGGAUGAAGCUGAUCGCAUGCUUGACAUGGGUUUCGAGCCCCAGAUCCGUAAAAUUGUCAGCCAAAUUCGGCCUGACCGUCAGACUCUGAUGUUCAGUGCUACCUGGCCCAAGGAUGUACAAAAGCUGGCCAAUGAUUUCUUGAAAGAUUUCAUCCAGGUCAACAUCGGUUCCACAGAACUUACUGCCAACCAUAAUAUCCAGCAGAUUAUCGAAGUCUGCAGCGACUUUGAAAAGAGGUCCAAGCUCAUCAAGCACCUCGACCAGAUCAGCCAAGAGAAUGCAAAGGUCUUGAUCUUUGUUGGUACAAAGCGAGUCGCGGACGACAUCACCAAAUACCUCCGUCAAGAUGGCUGGCCGGCGCUCGCCAUUCACGGCGACAAGGAACAGCGCGAGCGUGAUUGGGUCUUGAGUGAAUUCAAGGCUGGGCGUUCUCCAAUCUUGAUUGCUACUGAUGUGGCUUCGCGUGGUCUCGACGUUAAGGAUGUUGGUUAUGUCGUCAAUUAUGAUUUCCCCAACAACUGUGAAGACUAUAUCCAUCGCAUUGGUCGUACGGGACGUGCUGGCAUGAAGGGCACUUCGUAUACAUACUUCACUACUGACAAUGCGAAGUCCGCUCGGGAACUCAUUGGCAUUCUGCGUGAGGCUAAGGCGAACGUUCCUACACAACUAGAGGAAAUGGCCAUGUACAGCGGAGGUGGUGGCAGGAGCCGUUACGGUGGGGGCGGUCGUGGUCGUGGUGGAGGUGGUGGACGUUAUGGUGGACAGCAGGAUAAUGGCUACGGCAACAGGAACGACCGCUGGUGAUCGCAUAGCCUUCAAACCCAUCACAUAUGGUCCCGUCCCCAGGCUCCGAUCGUUUUUCGUUCGCCCUUUCCCUUAGAGCUCGGCAUUUUCUUGUGCCUGUAAUUCAUGUUAUACUUGCAUUCUGAUGACUUAGACCUUCAUGUAAUGUUGUUGGACUGUAUAUCAUCCUAGUCAUAUUUGCGCCCAGUG